AUGGCAGCAAGCGCUUUACCUUUUGGCGCUGGUGGAGAGAGAAUAACCCUCAUUCCGCAAGACAUUACCUACAACGCUGCCAUCAGUGCCUGCGAGAAGGGGGGUCAAUGGACGCGGGCCCUGACCUUGCUGGAGCAGAUGGGGCAGCGAGGCCUGCGCCGGGGGCUGGUGGCCUGUAAUGCAGCCAUUAGCGCCUGCGAGAAGUGCGGCAACUGGGAGCCUGCCUUGACCAUUUUGGCUUCCAUGCUGAAGGAGGACAUGGAGCCUGACGUGGUAACUUACUCGGCCGCAAUGAGUGCCUGUGAGAAUGAGGGGCUGUGGCAGGAGACCUUGAUGCUCCUCGAGCGGCUGCAUCGUUCGCGACAGGCCAACCUCAUCUCGUACAGCGCUGCCAUCAGUGCCUGCGAGAAAGGCCUCCAGUGGCAGGCCGCGCUCGCGCUCUUCGGGGCGCUGCCCACCCUUCGCCUGGACCCGGACCUCGUGGCUUUCAACGCCGCGGUCUUGGCCUGCGAAGCAGCAGGGCGGUGGCGGCUGACCCUGGAGCUGCUGUCGCAGCUGCAGCUGCGGGCUUUGGCCCCUGCCGUGAUGACCUUCAGCGGUUUGCUAGGCGUGGGAGAGAACAGGAGGUUCUGCGGGAAGGGUGAGUGGUGA